GUCGCGGCAAGAAUGCGAGCAUGCCCGCCCAGUUCAGCAGCACACCUCUCGUCCCCAAGCACAGACGUCCCGCCCACCGGCUGCCCCGCCCCCCCUGUCUGCUCCACUGCUGGCUGACCCUCUUCUCCCUCUGCGUCGCCUCCCUCCUCGUCACCCUCAUCCACCUCCAGUCACACGCAGCUAUGAUGCACACACUCGACGCCGACGAGGCUGUCGUCGAGUGGCUGGCGCCCCGCACCAGCUCGACCAAGACCGUGGCGAGUGGCACCGCGUACGGCGAGUGGCGGGUGCCUUACAACACGACGGACCUGCCGGCGACGAAUUUUGACGACUGGCUGACAAAGGACGACCUCAUCAGGGUGCUUUAUCAGACCCCCUACGCGCGGGAACAGGCUGCGCGUGCAGAGGGGGGAGAUCGGGGUGGGAGUGGGGAUCGGGGUUCGGAUGAUGGUCGUAAUGAUGUCAAGGACGACGGCGUCAUUUUCUUUUCGUCGGCUUACAACGGUAGCGAGUCGACGCGGGAGGCAUUGAUGCGCUCGCGACAACAGAGUGGUCAGGGCAAGACGAAGAAGCGGACACAGAAGGCAAAGAAGAAGGAGAUGCUCUUGAUGGUACGUACGUCAAGCGAGAGGGAGGGGAGGAGACCAUGACUGACGUCACGUCUGCACGUCUGCCUGCCUGUGUGUGUGUGUCUUGGUGGUGUGGUGUGCCUGGCAGGGUUAUGAGUCGAGAUGGACGCCACCGGUGGAUGAGCGGAUCGGGUGUGGGCAGUCGGGUCUCAUCCCAAGGAUACUGCACACCUCGUGGCCAGACAGGAACAUCCCCCAGCGAUUCAAAGUACGUACGCCAGACGAAAUCAAUGGGUGCACACACAGGAAUGUUUCUGCAGGGCCCACCUGUCUGUCUGUCUGUCUGUCCUUGUUUAUAUAUGCAGCCGUAUCUUGAUGCGUGCUAUGCCCUUCACCCCUCACCCACUUUCCAGCAGCACUUCUACACCCACUCGGGGAUCAGACGACUGGUCAAACGACACUUCCCCCACCUGCUCGACGCCUUUGACGCGCUCGACGACGGGAGGAAAGACGACGUCGGCCGGGCGGUGGUGGUGUGGGUCCAUGGCGGCGUCUAUAUGGAUAUGGGUCAGUCGGCUCACCUCACACAGAGGAGGGACAGACAGAUGUGGUGCGUGUGGGGACUCAUCUCAUGCCAUGUGUGCAUUGCAUUGAUGGCGUGGUAGCAUUCGAUUGUGUGCGGUCGAUCGAGGAUCUCCUGGACCACGCCGAAGAAGGGGCAAGGGACAUCGUCCUCGGCCAACAUAACCCCGUCCAGGCGCACCUCGUCGAGCAAAUGACGAAUUUUCGUGGACCUCCCGUCCCCGUCUCCCAUGCCUUGAUCGCCGCCUCCCCCCGCCACCCCCUGCUGCUCACCUACAUCAACGCCACCAUGGACACACAGUCCGCCGCUAGGUCAGCCUCUCAGGCCAUGACGAUGGCCGUGGAGCAGUCGAUCCGCCGGGAGAGACAGGACACCGAGUGCAGUAUGGACCCUGCUUUAGAGCGCCUGGGGUCGGUGCUGGUGGUGCCCUAUACACACCUGCACCCAGAGGUGCCUUCGGCGAGCCACGUGUACUCGGGCAAGUGCAGAAUGGGCGUCAACCAACCAGGGAGGGCGAGACGCACGCACAGAUACACCUUUGACACCACCAGCAGCUGGGGCUGGAGCAACCGCAGUGAGGCUGGCGGCAGAAUGGAGGUCUUGUCUUUUGUGUAUGACGAUCUCGCUGACAAGGAGUGGGCGGUGUCGGGUUGCGGGCUGCUGAGUGAGGCCAUGCGCGACCCUCUGAUGUUCUACUCUAACGAGACGUACGCCGUGCUGCACUAUGACGCCAGGAAUGAGAGCCAUGGCGCUGGCAGAGAUGAGAGCGAGGCAGCGGUUGAUGUGGCGGACCUCACUGAGGGCAGCGCGGAGCUGCUCGUAAUGUCUUGAUGUAGGGAGACAGACAGACAGACAGACGAGUGGGUGGGUGAGAGGGGACGGAGUGUGUGUAGACAGACAUGUGUAGCUAGAUCACUCCACUGUGUGCAUGUCUAUCCGUGCCGUGCGUGUGUGUGAUGGCACAAACUAGAUAGGAGGCAGGUACAAUGAAUAGCUCAGGCUAUGUAUGCUAUCAGAUCAGGCACACAAAAGUUUGUGUUUGUGCCGGCGUGUUGUAUAUCGAUUGUUUUGAUCUAUUACAGGGUGCGGGCGGCCAAAGGGGGGGACGGGCAUGGCCUAUACUCUGCUUAGAGUCUGUAUACUAUAAGGUCGUCCAUAGGCAGCGCAGCCCUGAGUUAGGUUUGGACACAGAACAGACGGAUGUCUUGGGUCUGAGUGAUUGCCAUUUGAUUGCCAUUUGACCUGACCCCUCGGAAAAGUCGCCAUGCCAUGCGGAGAGCAUGCUAUCCGAAGGACCCACGAG